CCAACCCCUCUCUCAUUCGACCUCGGUCUCCCUCUCCUCAAUACCUUAUCAUCCCUCCCUCCCAAUCCCAGAACUCCAACAAUCACUCUAUCAAACCGCAAUAAAUCCCCCAGAGGAAUAGAGAACCAAGCCUCAACCAUGUCAUCCUCCACGCUCUUCAACACCGCCGGCGCCAUCUUCCUCCUAAUCCCUAUCGGCCACAUCCAGAUGUAUUUCGAUGUCCUGUCACCUGGGCUCCAGACACUCUCCGACUCGCCCGCCGCGUACGCCAGCAAAGUGAGCUGGAACCAGGCCAAUGGGUAUUUCCUCACAUCCGCGCUCCUCUGCUUCAAGUGGGCGCGCCACGGCGUCGCGGCCGGGCUUGAGAGAUAUAUCUUUGGGUUGCUGAUGGCGACGCAUUGUGUGACGGGGAUGAUGUACGCAAGGAAGGGGGUGCCGGGACCGCCGCUGGUGUAUUGGAGCGCGAGUUUGUUGAUGGGGAUUGGCAGAUUGCGGCUUCGAGGGGGUAUGUAAGGUAAGGAGUCAGAUUGAGGACAUACGAUGGUUGUUCUUUAAUCCUGGGCUGUAAAAGAUAUAAUUUAUAAACCAUAUAAUAAUAUAUCUUGAUAUUGGGAUUGUGUAUCUACGGGUUAGGGGGGUUU